ACACAAAACUUCCACUCCCCUUCUCAUUCUGAUUCCCCCCUCUCUCUCUAAGUUUAAAAGUUGUUUAACCCCUCACUCUCACUCUCACUCUCACUUUUCCCCUUCACAACAAAAUUACAGUUUUUAACACCCUCAACCCUAACCCAAUCAAACCCUCCUCCUUUUUUUAAUUAAAUAAUAAUAAAAUACUAAUAAAGAAAAACUCAACCUAUAAAAAGAAAACAAAAAAAGAAAAAAGAGAAUCGCACUGCACAUACAGACGCGUAAAUCAUCAAGAUCUGGUCUAGGGUUCCUCAUUUUCAACUCUAGAACAACGUAUCACGCUCUCAAUUUCAAAACCCCUGUUCAAUUUCUCUUCUCUUUCAAUUUCAAAGAAUUUCCGGUUGAUUGGAGCUCAAUUUUGGACUUUGCUGGCUUUUCCUUGUCCGAGCGUUUGUUGGAAAAACAAACAUACCCGCCUUGGUUCGUUAGAUUUUUUUUGAAUAUUUGGGACAAAACAGAUGCCGGAGGAGGAUUUGGUGGAGCUCAAGUUCAGAUUGUACGAUGGAUCAGAUAUCGGCCCUUUUCGAUAUUCCCCAGCCUCUACCGUUGCUAUGCUUAAGGAGAGAAUUGUGGCCGAGUGGCCUAAAGAUAAGAAAAUUGCACCAAAGGCAGCAAACGACGUGAAAUUAAUAAGUGCAGGGAAAAUUUUGGAAAAUAACAAGACUGUUGCACAGUGCAAGAUGCCAUUUGGGGAGCUACCUAAGGGAGUUAUCACCAUGCAUGCUGUUGUACAGCCAUCUUUAGCUAAGGCAAAGACAGAGAAGAAGGUUGAUGAGACUCCUAAGAAGAACAUCUGUUCUUGUUCCAUAUUGUGAGAGUGUAAGUUUGUUUCGGCAUUAUCUUGUGGGACUUCUAGGGGCUACCUGUACUGUUAGAUUGAGAAGUCAGGAAAGACAAUAAUUGUAAACAGUACAAUACUCAUUGUUCAGUGUAUGUUACAAGGGCAUUUCUGUGGAACGGUGGUUUGUCAUCAUGUAUUGUGUGUUUCUAUAAGCUUGUUGCUUCGUGUACAUUUGUAGCUGCAGAUUUUUUUAUGUACAAUGAGAAUACAAGGUGUGUAGGGUCUAUUGCCCUCGAAAGGGUUUUACAAUUACAGUAGCAUGGGUUUCUGGUGAAUACAAAACGUCGUUAUUGCCGUUGUGUAGAGCUGUAUGUGAACUUCUUACUGAAACUGUUGCUGCUAUUGUCUGAAAUUCCCAAGGAACGAUGCGGCUUGUUAAACUCUGGGAUGCAUAUGGUGCAUAGCUUUCCAUUUUCUCCUUCUGUUUGUUUGUUAAAUAUAUACAUUCUUGUAAUGAAAAUGAGUUUCUUCUUUUA